UGAACUACAUACGCUGCCAUGCGCUUCUUUACAGCAGCCUGUGCUUAUGGUGGAAAUCUCAUGAUAUAUGUCUUAGCUUUUGAAAUAGUUGGUCCUAAAAAUCGUGUAGGUACAACAACUGUGCUAUUUCUAGUCUUUGCUGUAGGUUACAUGAUUCUGUCCCUUGUGGCAUUCCUUCUGAGAGAAUGGCGCCACCUACAGUUAGCUAUAUCACUCCCUUUCGUCCUGACUUUUCUUGCGAUCAUUGUGUUCCCUGAAUCUCCUCGCUGGCUGAUAACAAAAGGCAGAUACAAAGAAGCUACCAAAAUCAUUGAAAAGAUAGCUAAAGUGAAUGGUACCGAGGCUCCACAAGACUUACUGAACAAACUGAGUGAAGACAGCAAAGAAGACAAGAAGCAGCCUUCUCGCAUCCCUGUCACCCAACUUGAUCUGAUCCGUACUCCCAACCUACGCAAGAAAACUCUCAUCCUUUGGGUUGACUGGUUUGUUGUCAACAUUGUGUAUUACGGACUAUCUCUGAGUACCUCUGCCUUGGGGGUAGAUGAUUACCUUGCUGCCUUUGUCUCUGGCGCCAUAGAGAUACCCAGCUAUCUUUUCUGUUGGUAUAUGAUGGAUCGUUUUGGCAGACGCAUUACUCUAGUUGCCUUCUACAUCUUUGGUGGAGUGUUUUGCCUCACUACAAUCUUCAUUCCUCUUGGAGCUGCCAGAGCUGCAGUUGCCAUGCUCGGCAAAUUUGCAAUCACUGCAGCAUUCGGUCACAUCUACAUCUACUCUCUUGAAAUCUAUCCAACCAUCAUCCGGAGUAUCGGCAUGGGCACAUCUUCCAUGAUGGCUCGUGUUAGUGGCAUCCUCUGUCCUAUCAUCUUGAUCCUGGGCAAGUACUGGGAACCACUACCUGUGUCUUUGGAGGAAGCGCCAUCAUUGCUGGAGUCCUGUCUCUGA